CCCAUUACACUUAGGAGUUUCCCGGUUUGGGAUGAGCAGGGUGAAGACGCAUACACCAGUAUACAUUACUAUACACCAGUAUACAACUCCUCUGCCCCACGGAGGAGACUCAAUACCGCACUGGGACUAAAGCUGAGGAAGAGCGUAGGUCCUCGCCUGCCUACAGACGGCUCGAACAUCUGCAGGCCCACACCUCCACAUAGCUCCAGGUUUACCUGCUUUAGUGGAGGAGUCGGAAAGAGUCGGUUUAGGUUUGCUUGGAGUGUUUAGAUGGCAUUAACGUAAUGGCAGAGAAUUAAAACCAGUGGGCUUGUGAGUGUGUUCUCUGCCUGUGCACAUCGGCAUCAUGUUGCCGGGCGUGGGUGUAUUCGGAACCGGGCGGACUGUCCGAGCCCUGGUACCGCUACUUCAAAAAGAAGGUUUCCCUGUUCAGGCGGUUUGGGGCAGGACUCGAGAGGAAGCUGAGUGUCUGGCCAAUGAGCUGGACAUUCCCUUCUCUACCAGCCAAUCGGAUGAUGUCCUUCUGCAUCCAGAGGUCCACCUUGUCUGCAUACUCACACCGCCACCACACACUCGCCAGAUAGCUGUGAAAGCAUUAGGGAUAGGAAAGAAUGUGAUCAGUGGGCAGGCAGCUACACUAACGGACGCCUGUAAGAUGUUGACGGCAGCACGCUACUACCCUCAGCUCAUGAGCAUCAUAAACAAUGCCCUGCGCUUCCUUCCUGCCUUCAUCCUGAUGAAGCGUCUCCUUGGAGAGGGUUACUGUGGGACAUUGCAGGUGUGUGAGGCGCGGGUAUAUGGAGGCUCGUUGCUUAGUCAGUCAUACGGCUGGGCGUGGGAGGAGCUGAUGGGGGGCGGCGGCCUUCAUACGAUUGGUUCCUGCAUCAUUGACCUCCUGAGCCACAUGACGGGCGAGCGAGCCGUGCGUGCGCACGGAAUGCUGCGGACCUUCGUGCGCCAGGGUGGCACAGGAGGCGGCAUCCGCUCAGUUACAGCCGACGACUAUGCCUGCUUCCAGCUGCUGAUGGGUGGGGGCAUUGUCUGCAGCGUUACGCUGAACUUUAACCUCCCAGGUGCCGACCUGCAUGAGGUCAUGCUGGUGGGGUCAUCUGGGAGAAUAGUGGCCCGUGGAACCGAGCUGUACGGCCAGCGUAACACCGUGCACCACGAGGAACUUCUUCUAAGCAACAGUCCGUCAGGGGCAGGGCCUGCGGUCAUGGGAAUGAUCGCUAUGGUGACACAGUUACGGAUGUCUUUCCAGGCGCAAGAUGACAGGCGAUCGUGGGCUCGUCAUCCGGUUUCCAUGGCAGCUACUUUUGAGGACGGGCUGUACGUUCAGACCGUCGUCGAUGCUAUCAAACGGUCAAAUCGCACUGGAGAAUGGGAGGCUGUAGAGGUCAGGAACCACGAUGUAGAUCCCAACCAGAACCACAGAACUCCUACAAACUAAAGCAGAAAAACAGGCACAACUAUUCUACAUUUACCGUCCACUUUCUGUUUAGACUCAGAACAUUGGUUUGAUUUUAUUCUGAAAGUGUAAAAAAAAAAACACUCGGUGCAAACAAUUUUUUUUGUUGCUGUUUUCUUGACUGGGACUUAUGAAACACUGUAGUCACAUCACUGGAAGCAAGUUUUUAUUAUAGUUUUUGUAUCCGUUUUACCGUAGCCUACAAGUUCAGCUGUGAAAAAGGUCUGUUAUGCAUUUUAUUUGCACAGUUUUAAAAAUGAAUAACCAUGUAAUACAUGACAGGCCAGAAUAUUUUGACACUGACAGUGAGGUUUGAUGCUAUUAUUUUGAAUAAGACGUCAUGCUGUGUUGGCUAAACCAGAGCUUUAGUGGUUCGGGAGAGGUGAAGAAUUGUUAUGUUCUAUAUAUUAUCUUAUGAUCUCAGCACUGCUGUAUGUUUGGGGGACUCGCCAAAGAUGUGUAGCAGUAAUGGAGCUUCACCUAUGUGACUGUAAUGUACUUAUGGCUGUGACUUGUAGUCUACUGAUAGUCUCUUAGAAGCUAAUAUUUUAAUAAGCUGCAGAGUUUGCAGAAUGUAUUUAAGUUUUAUUUGAGGAUUUUAAUCAUUGUCUGCACUGUUUAAGGUGUACAUGGGUAUGUGUGUGUAUAUAUGUGACUAUCAUCACACAAAUGUAGUGUAUCUGUGAAUACCAGAGAGGUCAGUAACUUUUCUUUUAUGGUUUAAUAAAUGUUUUCCUAAUUUA